AUGAGUGUGUACCUGCUGGUCGUAUGUUUGGCUUUGCUGCCCCAGGGAGGGGAGGCCUCGGACCCUCCAGGCUGCAUGAGCCCUGAUGCAGUGCGAGUGGCAGAAGAGGCGUUGGAACAGAUCAACCAGGACAGGAAAAUUGGAUACAUCUGGAGCCUCAACAGGCUCUAUGAUCUGUCUCACACUCCAGAACAGGGGAAAGAUGGAUCUCUGUACAAACUAACCAUCGAUGUCAUGGAGACCAAAUGCCACAUCACCAGUGGAAAACCAUGGAAACAAUGUGAAGUCAGAAAUAUUGGGAAUGUACCAGUGUAUGGAGAGUGUCAAGUAUCUGCCUAUGUUCACACUCAAGUCAAACUACAAAGCUACUCCUGUACAAUUCGUGAAGUUCCAGCUACUGCAGUGGUGGACACGUGCCCAGACUGUCCCACGGCCGAAAAUCUGAAUGAGCCCAUUGUCAAAGAGACGGCCAAUCUCUGCCUGCAGAGGUUCAAUGAGGAGAGCCGCCUGGCCAACUACUUUACUCUGGAGAACAUAACGAAAGCCAGUUCACAGUGGGUUGUUGGUCCGUCCUACUUUGUGGAAUUCACUAUAGUGGAGACAGUUUGUUCAAGGGAAACAGAUGUCAGUGAACUGAGCCGCUGCACACCUAUGGACUGUCAGUUUGCUCACAGAGGCUUCUGUUCGGGCUCACAUGUGGCUCGUGAGGAUCAGUUUGAAAUCAGAAACCCUGGUGGCAAAAGGGAUGGCUUGAUUCAAGAUAAGAAACCUGUAGAGGUGAAAUGUGAGAUCUAUGAACCUCAGGCUUCCUCUGUGGAGGCGCAGGCUCACGCAAAAGCAGGCAGUGUGCACACUGAACACCAGCAGCAUAACCACACUCACCUGCAUCCCCAUGAGCACCUCCACUCAGACUCACCCAGCCCAGACAUUACACUCUCCGUGUCUCAGAACCUUGGGAAUGUGGUGAAUCAGCCUGCCUCUCCCAGAGCUUCACCAGCAGGCAGCUCCUGCCCCGGACCCCGCAGACACAAUCUGGGUUUACGGAAUCUCAGGCUCUGA